AUGAGUAAAAUCAUUAAGGAAGGCAUUCUUUUGAAUGGACAGCAGAUUUUUGAAGCAAACAAGAAAUUGGAAGAAUAUUCAAUAUUGGGCAAAGGAUCUAAAGAGAAACAGAAUGAAGUUUUUACAGCCGAGGAUAGACAGAGUGACAGUACUAUAGAAAGCCUUUAUAACCUGCUUAAAAUCGAGAGAGUUUAUCUUACAAAUAAGCGAUCAAAAGGGAUUUAUGAAAAGGAGAAAAAUCGAGUUAAAAUCAUGUCUAUUGUCGGCAAAUUAGGAGUUAUUGGAUUUUUUGAGGAUGAACAGAUGUAUCUUAAGCCUCACGAAGCUUUACUUUUAAUUGAAAUGAACAGACUGGAAGUUACGUACGAUACAGUUACGAUUUCCGUUGAACAGGCUUACAGCAUAUUCCUGACCUCGAAAUGUGAAUUAUCUUUAGAAGAUUAUAUUGUUUAUUCUUACAUAUCAAGAAUCGGUUAUAUUAUUAUAAUUCAUGAUCCUGAAGUUGAUAAGGAAAAGUUCAAACUUUUAGAGGAACGAAAGAAAGUCAGUAAGGAAGAUGAAAUGAUCUGGUGUAUUUUGAUGCAGAAACUCAAUAUGCCAUACUCAAAAGAAACCAUUGAAUCCAAUUACGAUUUAUAUGUAAAAACCAAAUCAGAUAUGGAUAAAUCAGCAGCAAUUAUCAGUGGACAAGACACUGACAAUGACAAUAUGGAAGUAGAUAAUGCUAAGCAUGAUAAUAGUAACGAGCCGCCGAAUAAAAAGUUCAAACCAAAUGCACUUGAAGAGGAUAAUAAUUUCUUAGACAUCUUAAAAACUGAACUUGAGUAUCUAUCGUACAGACAAAUCUUCAACAAAUUCAGCUACGUGACAAGAAAAACUUUUAGCGAAUUCGAGUACGAUAAAGUCAGAAAUUUAAAAUUUACAUUCGACGUUUUCCUUCCAAAAAUGCAUUUCAAGAGAACGGAGCAUUUAUCAAAUUAUCGAAUAAUUGUUUUAAGAUCAAACGAAGAAUUUCCAUCAAAUGUUGAGCUACAAAGACUUAGAGAAAAUCAGAGUUAUGAAGUUCCAAUCAUCAUUGCUGUUGUUUCAGAAAGCUUGUCUGUUCAUUUUAGCAUUUGUACAUUUAAAUAA